UGCGUCCCGCCGGGGCCGGCCGGUGGCAGCAUGGUGGAUGUGUUCAGCGGGCGGCUCCUGGUCAGCAAGGACGGCCGCAGCGUGGACCCCGAGGAGGCCCUGCAGAACAAGGUCGUGGGCUUGUACUUCUCCGCCGGCUGGUGCUCGCCGUGCCGCGACUUCACCCCCGUCCUCUGCGACUUCUACACGGAGCUGCUGGAGGAGACCCAGCCCCCCGCCCCCUUCGAGGUCGUCUUCAUCUCCUCCGACCACAGCGCCGAGGAGAUGGUGGGCUACAUGCGCGCCAUGCACGGGGACUGGCUGGCCCUGCCCUUCCACGACCCCUACAAGCAUGAUCUGAAGAAGAAAUACAACAUAACAGCAAUUCCUAAACUGGUGAUUGUGAAACAAACUGGAGAAGUCAUUACUGACAAGGGAAGAAAACAGAUCAGAGACAAAGGGCUAUCCUGUUUUCGGAACUGGCUUGAGGGUGCAGAUAUCUUUCAGAAUUUUUCUAGCUAAAAAGUUGGCAGAUGAAAGCAAGACAGGGCAUCAUGGAAAACUUUGUAGAGCUCUGAAAAGAUUGUUGCCUUCUUCAGAACAAGAAGGGUAAGGCUUAUUUUGUCUUUGCUUGUAAACAAAUUUUGUUUUCAACUUGCAGAUUAGCUAUUCCAGUAAGUCAUAAAAUGCAAUUAUUGUUUUAUUUGUAUUAUUCUAUCUACUAUAUUCAGUAUGAACCAAAGCAUUCCUGAUAAUACUGAAGAACUUCAGGAGGUCAGGCUGUUUUAGACAGUAAUAAUGGAGCACUGAAAUCUAUGCAAACACUUAUUUUGCAAAAUCUGUACAGUAAAAAUUAUAUGUAUGCACAAACCUAUUUUUCUUGAUGACAGUUUUUUCUGGCGAUUAGCACAUUUUAUUAAGAAAAGGAAAUUGUUUGCUUUAAUAAAUAACU